AGUGUGUGUGGGACAAGCCAAGCCAAGCCAAAGCCAACCAAACCAAACCAAACCAAACCCUGUGAGCUUAACCAUGGUUAAGUCAGCACGGGUGUUUGUGACCAUGUGUCAACCCCGAAUGUCUUUGUGUUUUUGCGUUUCAUUAUUCUCCAUUUCCUCUUUUUCCCACCCCCUCCACUAAUCAACUCCGAUCACUCUCCGCCGCCAGCCACCACGCUCCGCCGCCGCCGCAGCAUUCUCAAUUCUCCCCUCACACGUUUCCAUUCCACGAAGAUCCAUUUUCUUCUGCGGUUACUGUUUCUACAAGCGUUGUUGUGGUUGUUCUUCGCUGAAGAAGAAGAAGAAGAAGAAUCAUCCCUCACCGGAGAGAGAGAAAAAACAGUGUAAUGCGCGUCGGAAUUCAACUUCGUUGAUGCUAUUUCUUCUUCUUCAACUGUUGGCAUUGGCGGAUGAUACUAUUCUCCUGAUUCCUGAGUUCAUCGAUCCGGUGUCGUUUCGGGGAAGCUCGGAUCUCGCGGAUUUCCUUGAUUGAAUCCACAUUUUAGGGUUUCUGGUGCGGUGAGAUGUGUAGGCCGGAGAGUAAGAACAACAGGUGGCAAGAUUUCCGUUGGAUGGGUACGAAGGUGGAGAAGGAGAGAGGUGGACCAGGUUCAGGGUCAUCGUCAUCUUCAUCUUCUUCAUCAAGGUAUAGAAUGAAGCUUUGGUUGAUACGCGGAACCGCAUCGAUUUUGUUGUGGACUUGCAUCGUGCAGUUAACCGCUUUUGGUGAUAUGGGGUGGGGGCCGAGAGUGUUGAAAGGUUGGCCUUCUUGUUUUACUCACGACGACGAAUCUUCCGCCGUCAGGGAAAUCGACAGCAUUGAGCUUCCAUCUUCACGUCCACCACUUCUCCCUCCUAAGAGACUUUACAAGAACAAUGGGUACCUUAUGGUGUCGUGUAAUGGAGGAUUGAAUCAAAUGAGAGCCGCGAUAUGUGACAUGGUGGCAAUUGCAAGAUAUUUAAAUGUCACGCUUAUAGUCCCUGAAUUGGAUAAGACAUCCUUUUGGGCUGAUCCGAGUGAAUUCCAGGACAUAUUUGAUGUGGAUCAUUUUAUCACGUCCUUGAGAGAUGAGGUGCGGAUAUUGAAAGAGUUGCCUCCUAGAAUCAAGCUGAGAGUGGAACAGGGGUUACAUUACAGCAUGCCACCGGUUAGCUGGUCUGACAUAUCUUACUAUAAGCACCAGAUUCUACCCUUGGUACAAAAGUACAAAGUUGUGCAUUUAAAUCGAACUGAUGCUCGUCUGGCCAAUAACGGUCAGCCUAUGGAGAUUCAGAAGCUGCGCUGCAGAGUUAAUUUCAGUGCUUUGAGAUUUACUCCUCAAAUAGAGGAGUUGGGGAGAAAGGUGAUCCAGCUUCUAAGGAAAAAUGGUCCAUUUCUGGUCCUUCAUUUGAGGUAUGAGAUGGACAUGUUGGCAUUUUCUGGCUGUACUCAAGGUUGUAACCGUGAUGAGGUUGAAGAGUUGACAAGAAUGAGAUAUGCGUAUCCUUGGUGGAAAGAAAAAAUAAUUAAUUCUGACUUGAAAAGAAGAGACGGCCAAUGUCCCUUAACACCUGAGGAGACUGCCCUUACGCUUAGGGCUCUUGACAUUGAUCGGAGUAUUCAAAUCUACAUCGCAGCUGGGGAAAUAUAUGGUGGGGAAAGGAGAACGGCAAGUCUUUUGAAGGAGUACCCGAAAUUGGUUAGGAAGGAAACACUGUUGGAGCCAUCUGACCUUCAGUUCUUCCAGAAUCAUUCAUCUCAGAUGGCAGCAUUGGAUUAUCUUGUCUCAUUAGAAAGCGAUAUUUUUGUCCCUACGUAUGAUGGAAAUAUGGCAAAAGUAGUUGAGGGCCAUCGCAGAUAUCUCGGGUUCAAGAGAACAAUUUUAUUGAACAGAAGGCUCCUAGUUGAUUUGAUAGAUCAGUACAACAAUGGAGUACUGAACUGGGAUGAAUUCUCUUCAGCCGUGAAGGAAUCUCAUGCUGAUCGCAUGGGCAGCCCAAGUAAAAGGUUGGCAAUCCUUGACAAACCAAAAGAAGAGGAUUAUUUCUACGCCAAUCCACACGAGUGUUUAGAACCAUCAAAUGAUCCGUUCAGUAGUACGUGACUAAUGCGUUCUGGAAGUAAUGAAAUUUACUUGUGCCAUCUCCUGAUGCACUUGGUUUUCUGCCACGGAUAUCGAGAUAGUUCUCUAUGCAGUUUUAGCACAGAUGAAAGCUUUUUGUAUCAAAGAGGCAGCCAUGGUGACCCCAGGUUGGGGAUGGAAUAGCCUUCACAGAAGUUCUAGUCACGCAAAGAAGCUAAGGGGAUACCUUAUAUUAUAUAUAUAUGCAAAUAAUCCAUCACAUUCAUGUAUAGAAGGUAGAAGCUACCCUGCCAUUACAGGGUGAUAGCAGUUCAAACAACAUUGUACAAGGAGGACUUCUUACAAAUUUGGAUAACAAGAACUGCAGUUCAUGUAAGCUUAAUUCAUUGGUAUUUGCUUCUCUUUUUCUAAUUUUCUUAUAUAAAUAUAUACUUUUUUUCUCUCUUUUUUUAGUCCACCACCAUCAUUGUGAUUUUCAGGAUUAUACAGUAUAACAAUUUGUUUGUUCGUGUACUAUUGACUCCUAUUUCAUAUUUUUUUUUUGGUCUGAUGGGGAAUACUAGCUAGGCUGGAUGGUCUUUUUGUA